AGGCCACUCCUACUUCCGGUAAAUACCCGUUAUCCCAAGGGGGAAAAAAAACAACCGGAGCACAAUCCGCUGCUCGGGGGUAACUUGGGCCGAUUGAUUCUCGGUUUAAUUUUGGGGUCCUCCUCGUCCACUCCCGAGCUGAGGUGGAUGGCGCUCGCGUAGCCAACAUGGUCCAGCCGAGGUAACAUUUUCCCCGGGCCCGAAGGACGCAGCCGGCCCGAUGGAGAGGCCGGUGAAGCUGCUGCUCUUGUCCGAGCUGCGCGUCCGCAACGUCGGCCACGAAGUGAGCCUGUGCCGCUCCCUGCUCACCUGGAAAAGGCGAACCUUCAGCCCGUUCAGAGCCAGUGUGUGUCACAGCGUGCCUGUGUCAGAGAUUGUGGCUGUGCGCGAGGAGCAGGAGGAGGAUACGAAAAAGGAAGAGGAGGAGAAGAGCGCAAGAGAGAACGGCAGCUGGAAGAAGAUCAGAGAGAGACGAGACAAAGAAAGCCGCCGGCUUUCUUUCACAGUUUCGUACGUGGAGAGGUGUCGGCAGCACCGCUGGCGGUGCGCUCAUGUCACCUUCACCUGUCCACAGGUGGCGCUGUGCCACCGUUGGGUGAACACCAUCGGCGAGCAGCUUGCGGCCAUCAGUAUGUACCCCCCCCCACACACACAGUUGUCGGGUAGGUUGUGUGUAGCGUUGCGUGGCCUCGUUGCAGGCGGCAGGCCCGCUCGGCUGCUGGUGUACAUCAACCCGUACGGCGGCAAGCGGCAGGCCAAGCGCGUCUACAAGCAGAAGGUGGCGCCGCUCUUUGCCCUCGCUGGCGUCGGCACGCACGUCAUCGUGACGGAGUACGCCAACCACGCCCGGGACCACCUGAGGGAGGAGGCGGAGCUAGAGAAGUACGACGGCGUGGUGUGCGUGGGCGGCGACGGCAUGUUCAGCGAGUUGGUGCACGGCUUGGUGUGGCGAACGCAGAAGGACGGCGGCGUGGACGUCGACGGGCCCCAGCGGACGCUCAUCGCCUGCUCGCUACGCAUCGGGAUCAUCCCAGCAGGUUCCACAGAUUGUAUCUGCUUCGCCACAGUGGGCACAAACGAUCCCGUGACCUCCGCUCUGCACAUCAUCGUGGGCGACAGUCAGCCCAUGGACGUGAGCUCGGUGCACCGCGACGACACCUUCCUGCGCUACUCGGUGUCGCUGCUGGGCUACGGCUUCUACGGCGACGUGCUGACGGACAGCGAGAGGAAGCGCUGGAUGGGCCCCGCCCGGUACGACCUGGCCGGGCUCAAGAUGUUCCUCACGCACCGUCACUACGAGGGCACCGUGUCCUACCUGCCCGCCGGCGCCGGCGUGGGACAGCCCAGGGAUGCGUCCAGGUGUCGAUCUGGUUGUUCCGUUUGUCAGGACAACAAGACGCUGUUGUCGGGGAGAGCCGGCGUGGACCAGACGGACUCCAAGGAGGACGGCGAUGCAGAAAAGGCAGAAGGCGGCUGGCGGAGCAUCCGCGGCAAGUUCCUGGCCAUCAACGCGGCCAGCAUGAGCUGCGCGUGCCCCCGCAGCCCCAAAGGCCUGUCGCCCGCCGCCCACCUGGCCGACGGCACCGCCGACCUCAUCCUGGUGCGCAAGUGCUCCCGCGUCAACUUCCUCAGGCACCUCCUGCGCCACGCCAGCAAGGACGACCAGUUCGACCUGUCCUUCGUGGAGGUGCACCGCGUGAGGCGCUUCCGCUUCACGCCGCGACACUGCCACAGCGACUCGGACUCGGACCUGGAACUGGACCCGCUGGAGGGGAGGCGGCAGAUCUUUGGACAGAUCUGCCGAGACCACCCGGCCUGCGGUUGCGCGCCCGCCUUCAGCAGCUGGAACUGCGACGGCGAGAUCCUCCCGCACGCGGCCAUCGACGUCAGAGUGCAUUGCCAGCUGAUCCGACUGUUUGCCCGAGGCAUUGAAGAGGCGGCCAUGUUUGACGAGCUGGCGUAG